CGAAAUUCAAACCUUUCAAAGCCUUAUAUAUUGCACCCAGUUACAUUUUUUGUUCACUCAACCCAUUGCUUAGAGCAGAAAUGACACUAUCCGCCAUAUUCCAAGACUCCUUCCUCCUCAAACAGGGCCUUGUCGCCGUUCUCCUUCUUAUCAUAACACGCUAUGUCAUCCGUUUUCUCUUCAGGAAAUCAAGACCCCCGCUCCCUCCAGGACCACAUGGGUUCCCUAUCGUCGGCGCCCUGCCCCUCAUAGGCAGCAUGCCGCAUGUCAGCUUCGCCAAAAUGGCCAAAAAAUACGGGCCAAUCAUGUAUCUGAAAUUCGGAAGUCAAGACAUGGUGGUGGCCUCAACCCCGGAAGCCGCUAAAGCCUUCCUCAAAACCCACGAUCUCAAUUUCUCAAGCCGUCCCAUCGAUGCAGGCGUCCACCAUUUGGCCUAUGAUGGACAAGACAUGGUUAAUGCUGAAUAUGGACCAAGGUGGACAUUGUUGCGGAAAGUUUGUAAUACUCAUAUGUUUGGUAGCAAGGCCAUCGAGAAUUGGGCUCAUGUUCGCGUCUCUGAGGUUGGCCUCAUGCUUCAGGAUAUGCUGGAGGCGAGCCGGAAAGGCGAGCCGGUGUUGAUGCCUACAAUGUUAUCAUAUCUCACGGCGAACGUGAUCGGCCAGGUGGUGCUCAGCCGUCGUGUUUUUGCUACAAACAGUUCGGAAUCGAACGAUUUUAAGGUUCUGGUGGUGGAGAUGAUGAAGUAUGCAGCGGUUUUAUUAGUGAAGGAUAUUAUCCCGGCCUUGGGUUUCUUGGACAGAGGAACCGAGCGGAAAAUGAAGAAAUUACACAAACAGGUCGAUGCAAUGAUAACGAAAAUGAUUGAGGAACAUAUUGCGACGAGUCAUGAGCGUAAAGAACACCCUGAUUUGCUUGACGUUAUUUUGACUUACCGUGACAAGCCAGAUGGUGAGAGACUUAGCAUCGAAAACAUUAAAGGACUCCUCCUGAACUUAUUUGUGGCCGGCACGGAUACAUCAUCAAGCAUCGUCGAAUGGGCACUGACCGAGAUGUUGAAAAACCCAACCAUUUUCAAGAAGGCACAAGAGGAGAUGGAUCAAGUAAUCGGAAGAGACCGAAGGCUCGAAGAAUCUGACAUCCCAAAACUCCCAUACUUACAAGCCAUAUGCAAAGAAGUC